AUGGAGGAGGAACGUCUCUGGAAGUUUACCCGCCCCGAGUGGCUUAACAGCAUAUGGGCUCGUAACGCUGGUGUCUACGGCUCUGGCGCUAUUUACUCGCUAGCAUUUUACCUCAUGCUUGACGCCGCCAUCUGGUCAAGCCACAAGAAUGCCGCAAAUGUGCAUGUCAAAUUCAUCGACUGGCUGCCGCUCAUCUUCUCCAGCUUGGGCAUGAUCAUUAUCAACUCGGUCGAGAAGCAGCGCCUUAGUGCAGAUUCGUUUAGCUACAGCGGAUCAGGCGUCGCCUGGAAGGCCCGUGUUGUUUUGUUCCUUGGGUUUGCGGCACUGGCUGGCGGCAUGGCUGGCGGAGUUACUGUCUUCGUCCUCAAGUACGUCGUUGCCGGUGUUAGCAUGCCUUCCCUAUUUAUGGGUGUCGAGACGCUUCUGUCCAAUGCACUCGUUGGUCUAAGCUCUGUCGUUCUCUGGGUCAGCCAGAACAUGGAAGACGAAUACUCUUAUCAACUGUCUCUCUAA